AGUAGGUAAGUACGUACUGGUACGUACCUACUAAUUCCAUGAGCUCACCCACGCCAUUUAAAAAAAAUGACAAGUCAAGUCAAGGUCAAGAGUUCGGGCGGGGAGUAGUGACGAUAAUUUUGGCACGCUCGAUAAAUACCUCAUACGCCUUAUUAUUUCAUUUAUAUUUUAUUUGAUUUCGAGCAUUGCGCGGUGUCUUCGUAUCACGCCGUUUGACUAUCAUAGUCCAUACCAUCAAGUAGCGUCUUUAUUCCAUUGUGAGUAGUACCUACACCUAGCCUUUUGUAGCAAUCUCGUAUCAUGUCGACAGCUGGAAAAGUAAUCAAGUGUAGAGCAGCCGUAGCCUGGGAAGCUGGCAAACCUCUAGCUAUUGAAGAAAUCGAAGUGGACCCACCUAAGGCUGGUGAAGUACGUGUUAAAAUCGUCGCUACCGGCGUGUGCCACACUGACGCGUACACUCUUUCUGGAAAAGAUCCCGAAGGCGUAUUCCCCGUUAUUUUAGGACACGAGGGCGGUGGAAUCGUCGAGAGCGUCGGCGAAGGUGUGACCACAGUGAAGCCAGGUGACCAUGUUAUUCCGCUGUAUGUACCUCAAUGCAAGACCUGCAAAUUCUGCCUGCACCCUAAAACCAAUUUAUGUCAGAAAGUUCGCAUCACACAGGGUCAAGGUGUGAUGCCCGACGGUACGAGGCGCUUCCGCUGCAAAGGACAGGAACUGUACCACUUCAUGGGGUGUUCUACAUUCAGUGAAUUCACAGUUGUUUUAGAGAUCUCACUGUCCAAAGUAACUGUUAAUGCCCCUCUAGACAAAGUAUGUCUUCUCGGGUGUGGAGUGCCAACCGGGUAUGGGGCAGCUUUGAAUACAGCUAAUGUUGAACCAGGCUCUAACUGUGCUAUCUUUGGAUUGGGGGCUGUGGGGUUAGCUGUAGCCCUCGGCUGCAAGGCGGCUGGUGCAAAACGUAUCAUUGGUGUCGACAUCAACCCAGACAAGUUUGAAGUUGCAAAAAAAUUUGGAGUUAAUGAGUUUGUCAACCCCAAAGAUUAUGACAAAGCUAUCCAACAGGUUCUAGUAGAUUUGACAGAUGGGGGCUUGGAUUACACUUUUGAAUGUAUUGGUAAUGUUAACACUAUGCGGGCAGCAUUGGAGGCCUGCCAUAAAGGUUGGGGAGUAUCUGUGAUUAUUGGAGUAGCUGGUGCAGGGGAGGAGAUCAGCACUCGCCCCUUCCAGCUUGUCACAGGCCGCACAUGGAAAGGUACAGCAUUUGGAGGAUACAAGAGCCGUGACAGCAUUCCCAAGCUUGUGGACGAGUAUAUCAGCAACAAACUGCCGUUAGACCAGUUUGUAACCCAUGAUGUAUCUCUGAAGGAAAUUAAUGAGGCAUUCCACUUGAUGCAUGCAGGAAAGUCUCUUCGUGCGGUUGUACACUUUUAAAAUUUCAUACAACAAAACCACAACUAUUUAUAUUUUUUAAGCAUUUGAUCUAAGAGUUUGUUAUUGCAUUUAUUGCAAAUAAUAUAUAUUAUAUAUGUAUAUUGUA